AGUGCAGAGUAAAAGUGGGCACCCAAUUAUGCCAGAUUUGGUGAGGGAGUCUCCCUACCCCACCCCACCAAAACCAAGGUGUGGGGCUUGAAAGUGAUUUUUGAAUUAUAGGGGAAGGGAUCCAAGCAAUACUUAGAAAUGUGGACCUCUUCAGUCGGUUACCAGGCAUCUAAAAGCUUGGCUCAGACCAGGGCAUCCCUCUGUCCCUGAAAUCCGCCCAGCCCCAGAGUGCAUCUGGGCUCUUGGUACCCUGGAUUGAGGGGCAAGCCCAGGACAGCAGAAGCGCUGGGGCGGGCGCAAUUCGUGAACUUUUGUACUCUUCUGUGCUGCUGUCGGCAAAGCAAAAAUAAUGAAACUUUGUGAUAUGUUUGUAAAUGAUUUCGAAUGACCCCUCGCCCUGCCCUUCACCAUUAGCAGGCAGUCUCAGCCCAGGCCGGCUUGGUGGCCGCAAACAGUGCCUCCCCGCAGAAGCAGCAGCAGCAGCAGCAGCAGCGGCGGCGACGGCGGGAUCCGAAAGUCCAGCGGGGCUGAGGGCCCAGGAAGAAGAAGGUGCUGGUUGCUCAGCUGAUCAGUAGCCCUGAUCCUGGCAAGAGAAUAAGGAGGAUUCAUUGCUGCAAAUUGUCAGGAGCCCACCUGAACCUUCUCUGAAAGGCGGAUCUUGGGGAGCUCCUGGCGUCUGUGCUGAAAGAAUCAGAUCUGGCAGCUGUCUGAGUGCCUGCUCUGUGUAGGACCCGAGGUUGUAACGUUGUCUAUAUAUACCCUGUAGAACCGAAUUUGUGUGGUACCAACAUAGUCACAGAUUCGAUUCUAGGGGAAUAUAUGGUCGAUGCAAAAACUUCACGUGUCUCCGACAUGGCCAGAGACUGAGAGUAGUGGGUGCCGGCCGGCCAGCCACCUUUUUCUUUCUUUUUCAUUACCUUGGACUCCAGGAUGACCGACUCUGCCUGGUGACGUUGUGCAGCCUUUUCCUGGAGAAACUGCUACCUUUAUCAAUAGAAGUUCCAGUAGGUGCAUAAAUGGUUGCCUAAGCAGAAGGCCAAAGGUCCAGGAAUUUAGGGUACUGGGAAGUGAGGUGAAAGACCAGUCACCUCCAGCAGCAGCCCUGCCCUGCAGGAGCAUGAGAUACAAAGGUACCCAAAAUGGGGCUCACCUGGCUUAAAGACCUUUGUGUGGGAAAAAAAAAAUAACUGGAAAGAAGGCCAUUGAAGACAGUUGGGGUACAUUCAGGCAAGGUUAAGGUCCCCUCACCACCAUCCAAACCUGACCCAACCCUCAGCUACCGGACCCAGAACUGUGAGGGCCUCCUACCAUGUCAGCAAGACCCAACUUCAACUAGAAACACUCCAGCCUGGACAUUGGCAGAAAAGCAUAGUGGUUACUCAUUGCCUAACUCAAUUCAGGUCCACCAGAUUCUGGUAACUUUUGGGUGACCCUGAUGAAGACAAAGCCGUGACAGGUCUUUGUAUGUCAGAGUCCAGGACUCCCGCCAGUCAGCCGGGCAGCCUGCCCGCCUAGGACUCUCUAGCCAACUCAGAGGCCACAUUGCCCACACUCACUCUUCCUUAUUUUGCACCCCAAAUAGCAGAAUUCACUCUUCCUUGAACUGUGCCCAAUUUGGGGGCUGCUUCAGGCGAUGAUGAGUGAGGGGGGCAUGGGAGGUUAGCAAAGUCAGUGGGAGACAAAAGCUGAGAUUACUUUCUGGAAACAGGGAUGCUAGGGGUAGAAUCAAAUUAUAUUAACAUCUGUCAGGGACUCUCAAAUGUGGCAUGGCAAGUCACUUGAUUACACGUAUGUUAUUUAGUUAAAUUUGUGAAAAUUAUGAGAUGCUCACCAACCCGGUGAUAAACUCACUCCCUUCCUAUUGGCUGGCCUGGUCACAUGGCCGCCCAACUUUAUUCAGUUGACAGCAAGUAGGAGGGCCCAAUGGAAGGAGAAAAAAAGACAACACGAGAAAAAUUAGUAUUUUCUACCUUCUGAAAUUAAUGGCCAUGAGUUCGUAUAUGGUGAACUCUAAGUACGUGGACCCCAAGUUUCCUCCGUGCGAGGAAUAUUUGCAGGGUGGCUACCUAGGCGAACAGGGAGCCGACUACUACGGCAGCGGCGCGCAGGGCGCCGACUUCCAGCCCUCGGGGCUCUACCCACGGCCCGACUUCGGUGAGCAACCCUUCGGAGGCGGUGGGCCCGGGCCUGGCUCAGCGCUGCCUGCGCGGGGUCACGGACAGGAGCCAAGCGGCCCAGGAAGUCAUUACGGUGCCCCGGGAGAGCCUUGCCCAGCGCCCCCGCCUGCGCCCCUGCCUGGCGCUCGGGCCUGUAGCCAGCCCACCGGCCCCAAGCAGCCGCCCCCCGGGACAGCACUCAAGCAGCCCGCUGUGGUCUAUCCCUGGAUGAAGAAGGUGCAUGUGAAUUCGGUGAACCCCAACUAUACCGGCGGGGAGCCCAAGCGUUCCCGAACGGCCUACACGAGACAGCAAGUCCUAGAACUGGAAAAGGAAUUUCAUUUUAACAGGUAUCUGACCAGGCGCCGACGGAUUGAAAUCGCUCACACCCUGUGUCUGUCUGAGCGCCAGAUCAAGAUCUGGUUCCAGAACAGGAGGAUGAAGUGGAAAAAAGACCACAAACUGCCCAACACCAAGGGCAGGUCUUCUUCAUCUUCCUCAUCUUCCUGCUCCUCUUCAGCUGCCUCCAGCCAGCAUUUGCAGCCAAUGACCAAGGACCACCACACGGACCUGACGACCUUAUAGAAGUGGGGACCCUGGGCCGGUCCUUCCCUGCACUCCAGGUUGAGGCGAAGCUGCGGGUGCAGGCGGGGCCUGCUGUCACCUCACUGGGCUCUAAGGUACUGUGGGGGUGGACCUGAGACGUGCAGGUGGGCCUCGGACUAGGUUACCAUCCUGCCCGAGGGCAGCCCCCUCCCUAAAGUGGG